AUGAUCUUAGAAGUCACUUUUUUUUCUUUUAUUCAUUAUGUGAAUUGUUCUCUUCUUUGUACUUGUUCAUAUCUAUCUAUCUAUCUAUCUAUCUAUCUAUCUAUCUUAAUUACCACACAAUAUAAGACAGACAUGAAGUCGACCAACCCACUCUCUACUUCAAAUUUAUCUACACCCAUUCCCAAGAGUAUCCUUGUGCACACUCCUGGCCGUGAUAUUGGAUCGAGUCGGUGGAGGUUGAUACGUCGCCAGGAUGAGAUGCAUAAAAAACGUGUUAGGAGUUACAGAUGGUUACCCGACCCCGCCUCUUUCGUUCGCUUCUUUUCGCCGACGACUUUGCCGAUUCUAUCUAUCUAUCUAUCUAUCUAUCUAUCUAUCUAUCUAUCUAUCUAUCUAUCUAUACCAUGGAGGAAAUUUAAUUAUAUAGGCAAACCUAUCUAUCUAUCUAUCUAUCUAUAUCUAUCUAUCUAUCUAUCUAUCUAUCAUCAGACUUUACUUUAA